AUGUGUUCGACGAUUGGCAGAGGACCACCGGCUUUGAUAACACUCAAAAUGCAGCUGUACUUUCUGGAAAAUUUCUUCAACCGGGAUGAAGUCGUGGAUAAGCAUACCAGGAAUUUACAACACAAAACGGCUCAUCUACUGAAGGAAAUAACCGAGAACGACGUUAUCACCAAGGACGAACAGGAGGAAAUUUUCAACAAAAUCAUCAUCGAUAUCGUGCUGCACAUGGGCCUGGGUAGUCCGGACAACAAGGACGUUAUUAACGAAACAAUGAAGGCAUUGAACUCCGUCAUGUCCCGAAGCGAUAAAGCCAAGUUCGUUACCCUAGACAGGAAGGACCGACUGUUAGCACUGAAGGAUAUACGGGAAAUUGUUUGCGGAAUUCGCAUUUUCAACAAACAUGCUGGCAAUUCCACUAACGGAAUGUCGGAUCUUCCAAGAGUGCUGGAUCAAUCGCACGAAUCCACCAAAUCCAUUCUGCAGAUUACUCUCUGCGAAAUAAUGGAUAAGGUCAACCUUCUUACCAGUGCACUGAAUUCUUCCAUUGCGUACGACUUGAGGAACCGUACAAUAGUGACGCUUCUACCGGAAAACAUCUCAGCAGACGACUUGGACAACCUUAAGGACCUUCUGGUGAUGUAUCGACAGCACGAAGUAUACACGCGGAAGCUGAUUGACGAACUAGCUCUGAUUAAAUUCAACAUUGACACCUGCAGCCAGGAAUACAACUCAAAGCUAGUCAAGAUUCACGAAUCGGUACAAUAUCGUACUGCCAUUCCAACGGAUAGAGUUUUUCCAAAAUUCUCCGAACUGACUCGAAUAUGGUUGCAGUUCCAAAACUACAUCUAUCUGCUUUCCGAAAUCAAUCAGAUUAGUAACACGCUGACCAAUCUCACGGAACGAUGUCUGAGUUUCGACGAUUUAGCGUAUCGAUUGUUGGGUGAGUGUCAGAUCCACACCGAUGUCGACAGGCUGAACAAAACGAAAGGCAAGCGGCUGCUUAUGAGUGUUGAAAAUGCAUGUGAAGUCGUUCCCUACUCGUCGACAAUGAAAGUUGAAUUGUUGAAGUUUUGCGUAUGGCAUUUGGCGGAGGCUAAUGGAGUGCUCAUGCCUGGCAACACCGAAAUGGGAGUAUGCCAAUAUCAGAAGGAUUUCUAUGCAUUCAACAUUCCUGAGGCAGCGAUUUUCUUCGAUGAGGAUCCCGAUAAAUACAUAUUCAAUGUCGUCACCAUAGCACGGAAGAAGAUCCAACUAGUCGCCUUUCUGGACAUCUUCUACAAGGUACAAACAGCAUACAAUUCCCACAGCCGAGAUGUGUUUCGCAACAAAGCUCCAGUUACCUGCGAACAGGAGGUCCAAACCGAACUACACCCGGUUCCGUCCAACAUCGACCACCAAUACCGUUGGAACAUUUGGGACCUUCGCCGGGAAGCAAUCGAGCUGACCAACUUGCGCAUGAAGCGGACCAGUUCCUGCCAAACGACCAAGGUCAAACAAACGCAAGUGUUCAUGCCGAAGAACCAGGGCACCCAAACUAAAGUCAACCGUGCUACCGAGACGGACGAACGGCGAUCGCGCAUCAAGAAGGUCGAAACGGCACCCUCUCCGCUGCAGGUUUACAGCAUGACCGUUGAAGAUUUCAGUUCGGCAACGUUCAACCGAAUCAAGAGAGCUUAG